ACUCAUUCCUCCGCCACCUGAGCGCAUUCGUGCGCCACUCGCAUGACCUCUUACUGAUAGUGAACGCUGUCGCUGCUUUAGUAAAUCUGUGUGCAACCUACCCAUAAAUUUAUUGAGAUAUUCUGAACAACUGCUUAAGAAAACGGCAAACAAUGAGCUUGAGAGAUGCUUUACUUGCAGAGCUCGCCACACUCCCAGGCAGGCAUGAAUUCCACGUUCACGCCCUUGUUUCUGCUCCCAGAAAGCGCACCGACCUGUUCCCCUACGCGAAGCCGCGCCCGCGGGUCUAUCUACAAGAGAUCGUCAUCUUAUUGUCCGAACAGCCUACGUUCGACGGACCCCGCGUCAUGGUGUCCGCCAUAGAGGCCGCCCUCUACAACAUCCCGUCCACGUCUUGCGGCAUCCUCUACAUCUCAAAGGUCGACUCCACCGGCCAAGCCUCCAGGCCCUCGCCCACCGCCUCCCUCGUCCGCGCAUUCCUGAAAUACUACGCCGACCCGUCCACGCGGCCUGUCCAGGCGGACCACCUCUGGAUCCAGCUCUUCGCUCGGGCACAGCCGCAAUACCUCUUCCCGAACUCCGCCGAGCACCCCGGUAAGAAGCCGCUCAACGACGUGCAGCUCUGUGCGUGGUGGAAGCGCGUCCUGAGCGACGUGACGAGCGAGCUUCGACGGCGCCGCAGCGACGUGACGGUCAGGCCGUACUACGUCCUGCCGGGCUACAAUGAGCUCGAGGCGACUCAGUCGCUGAAAACACCGAUGGUCUACCCACCCGUGGACACUUCUGCCGAGUCUGCGUGGACGUAUGGACACCCGUAUUCUCAGUCGGACGUGCCGCUCCCGUGUCCGCCGGGGACGGAGGGGGGUCGGACGAACCUGGGGCAGUUCAUCCCCUCCUUCGAUGACGACCCAAAGUCGCGCUUCAUGGACGAGAUCGCGCAUACGACCAACGCAGACGGCGUGAGCUCUCCGAAGCGGAAGCGGCGGAAAUCCGCCGGCGGCCGGCCUGAGCCCCCGUCAGACGACGAGGACGUGGACCACGGACGAGGCGAGCUGAACAAGGUGGGCCCGGAGGAGUUCUGGGAGCGCAUGUCCUUCCGACAGGAGUGCAUCGCAGGCGUGGUCACCGCGUUCUUCGUCGUCGCGCUUUCGUCACCAAAGAGGGAUGGAGAGCAUACUACCUCUGCGCCGUCGCCGUUGGCCCCGCAACCCGGCCAGGUCUCCUCCAAGAUGGUCAGGCGCGUCAUCAGCACGCUCCUGAACCACCACGACUUCUCUACGCGGGAGCGUGCGCUGCGCGCGACGGAAACGCUCGAAUCCGCGAUCAAGGGCCUCUGCGAGGACCUCGCGGCGGUCCCCUCCUCCCCAAAAGCCGCCGUCAAGCACGUCGACCGCCCCUCGACCCCAGAGCCCGGACCCUCGCAUCUGCUAGAGCCACCGAGGACCCCUCCCCGGCGCACAGGGGACGCGCACCUGCCCGACAUCUCGCCCAACCCGUUCCCAGACCCCGUGGCAUCGCUCGAGACGUACCACUCGUACAUCUACGGGUCGGCUGCGGUGGACAACCCGCCGCUGCCCCCGAAGGCGGCCCCGGCGGGUGGGCAGGCUGAUUCAGCGGGGGGCGACCGACCGGGCCAGCCGCAGGUGACCGUGCUGACCGUGCGGAAGAAGCGAAAGGCCCCGUCGUGAGGUACGUAUUUUGCGCUCGACGCCGGAUGCUUAGUGAGGGUGAGCGUGCCCCUUGUACUGUUCACGGCUGCCGCUCAUGCUGUUGUGUCAGGUACCCUGCUCUCGUAUCUGAG